GGAGGAAGACAGUAGCUGUAAAAAAAGAAGAAACUCGAAAGAAGGCAAAAGAACACUAUUAUGAAUGUUGUGUAGAAGCACAAUCUUCAAAACAAAAACAAGAACGUGCACCUGAUGAAAGAUUGCUGGAAAAGUUACGUAAACAAACGUUAGAUCAUGUUAUUGAGAUGAAUAAUAGCAAAAAUAUGUAUAUAUUAUCAAUAUCAAGAGCAAAUGAACACAAGAAAAAGUAUUAUUAUUCGGAUUUACCUGCUCUUAUCGAU